GCAUGAGUCGGUUGUGUGUUUGUUUUUUUGAAAAAAAAAAUACGCGGAUCGGAAAAUUGUGUGUGUUUAUAACACUGUGUUACCGUGUCUGUGUUUUGUGCGGAUUUUCUUUGGGAUUUUAUUACUAGAAAGUUUAUUUUUGGAUUUGUUUUCCGGUACUUCUUUACGGCGAAGUCAAAAGCAAGGGUCUAAGUCACAAGGAAGCCAAAAGGUUUCGACUGGUAUUCUGUGUGCUUCACUAAAUAUACAAGCUUUUCUUUAUGAUAUCUCUUACCAAAAAGUAGAUGUCGGAAAUGUUUACUUGACGAAGCCUGUACAACUUAAAAAGGUGUGAUGGAAGCCUCAUCGUCAGACUACAGCGACGAGGAGGUCGGAGUCAUAGCGAGGGGUCAGAAGCUGUGGGUGAGAGGGGUCAAGGCGCAUACCACCUGCGCUGACAUCGUCAGAGCUUUACAGGACGCUCCUGAAGCAGGUAGCAGUCCCGGCGACGGUGAGUGGGUGUUAGCGGAGCGGUGGCGAGGUGUGGAGAGACCUUUACCGCCCGACGUACCAGUCUUGCACGUCUUGGCUGCUUGGGGGGACGCCCGGCAUGAGGUCCGGUUAUCACUUCGUCGGUUAUCCAGCGGCGGGGAAGACGACUCUGGUCGAGACAGCGAUGGAGGCAGUCGAGCAAGGUCCAGACGAAGGAGAAAAGGAGUCCGAGCAGUCACACCACCCCCUAGAUCCAAAAGCGAAGACCCGGCAGCAAGACUGGUCUCCGUCAUACAGCAUCAAAGCAGGACUAUACAUCAGCAGCUUGAUAAACUUAGGGACCAGGAGAAACUGAUCGACCAACUAGAAGACCAGACACACAAAAGCAGAAUGGAAAAACACGGAACCAAUUAUCUCCUCGAAUCCUAUCUCAGGGACUUGGGCAGAUGCAGCGAACUCAACGACAGCCAAGCUGGUAACAGCGACAGCGGAGUAGGCGUAGGCAGCGGCACCCCACCCAGACGGCACACCAAACACAAAUCCAGAAGAGAAAGACAUCUGAUGAGGGAACAUUACUUCACGAAAGAACUCACUGACAUCUGCCAAGUUAACUCCGAAAGACUAAUGCAAACAUCCAACGACACAGAUUCCGACGCAUCAGCCGAUGAACUUUCACGAAUGCGAGAAGAAAUUGAACUACUAGAAAAACUAGCAAUUAUAAACAAAAGAUUACACAGAGAGGAGGAACUUGUUGUGCGAUUAACUGCCAAAGUUAAGAGAUACACGGACGAAAAUAAGGCGAACAGCUGUGAAAACGUAUCCCAAGUUUCGAUGCUCAUCGACAAAAUUGAAGAAGAAUUAGGUAACUCGGAAAAGGAAAUGCAACAAAACGCAACAGAAUUAGAAACAGCAGAUAGGGAACUAGAGUUUAGGAUGAAAUUAUUAGAUGAGCUAACGUUAGAAUUAGAAAAAGAGGAGUUGCAAAACACUAUCCUAGAAAGGCAAUUGAACGAAGCGUCGAGUCGACAACCAAUAAUAUUGCAAGAAAGUUACAUACCUGUUCUAGACCAAACGAAUAAUCAACCAGUUUUUACAUACAGCGGUAACGGAUAUGUAUUGGACACUCUUGUAUGACAUAAGUGUGAUUGUUUGAACCCUGAAUUUGUCCCAAAGAUCACUUUGAAAUUACCAUAGUUAGCUUCCAAUAAAUGUACGAUCGAGUGAUGUAUUCCAAAAUGAAAUGGUCCCAAAAUUAAUUAUAAGUAAUUUUAAGUAAAACUGGUAAAGAUUCAAGCAAACGAGAUAACAAAUCAAAUAAGAAAUAGCCUACAAAAGUCAGAAAUUGGCAAUGACAAUUUGUUAAAUUGGACUGAAUUAGAAUAAAAUUAAUUUUCAUCUGAACCAUAAAAAUGUUAUAAAAAUGUUUCUGAGCCAUAUGUCCACAGAAAUGUUACAUGAGCUUUGCAUUUUUUAGAAGACACAAUUUUAUUUUUGGGACAUGUAUGGGGGGGUCAAUAGAAGCUUAACCUCAAAUUUAUGGGGUUGCCACCCUUGUCCCCCGGUCGCCAUCUUGAAAAAAGGGGGUGAAAACACUUUUUUCGCUAUAUCUCGGAAACUAUACAUCUUACGAUAAUUUUGUGAAGUCAUAAUUUGAUUAUAUAACUUUUUGCCCUGAAUUAAAAAAAGUCCCAAAAAUAAAAUUGCGUCCUCUACAAAAUUCUAAUAUUCUGUCCUGAAAUUUUAACAUUUCAAUGGACUAAAAACUCAGUGCAUUAGCUUUUUCUUUGCGUUCGAAUCGAUACCAAUAUCUAAUGGUGCUAAGUUGUGUAAUACUAUGAAAUUAAUUAUAUUAGU